GCCCGCCUUUCUGUCGCUUUCUGUUCUCCGGCACGGAGGCGGUCCCCGUUACGCGACUGACGGACGAGGAAGGCCGAGGCCUGCGCUGCGCUGCCGGGAACCGGGAUGGCAGAGCCUUCCUCCUGUGAUACUUUUGUGGCUCUGCCCCCAGCCACACACAACAACAGGAUCAUCUUUGGAAAAAACUCAGAUAGACCAGCUGAUGAAGUCCAAGAGAUUGUGUAUUUCCCUGCUUCACAACAUAAACCAGGAGAAAAGGUUGAGUGCACCUAUAUAGAAAUUGAACAAGUGCCAGAAACGUAUGCCGUUGUCCUUAGCCGUCCGUCGUGGCUAUGGGGUGCCGAAAUGGGAGCUAAUGAGCAUGGGGUUUGCAUUGGAAAUGAAGCAGUGUGGGGGAGAGAAGAAGUCUGUGAUGAUGAAGCACUCCUGGGCAUGGAUCUUGUCAGACUUGGACUCGAAAGAGCUGAUACUGCUGAGAAAGCUGUCAGUGUCAUUGUUGACUUGUUGGAAAAGUAUGGCCAAGGUGGAAACUGUAUGGAGAGCCAUAUGGCGUUUACCUACCAUAAUAGUUUCCUGAUCGCAGACCGAAAGGAAGCCUGGGUGCUGGAAACCUCUGAAAAGCACUGGGCAGCCGAGAGUGUGAAAGAGGGAGUGCGGAACAUUUCCAAUCAGCUGUCAAUAACCAAGGUUGAUCGUGGCCAUCCAGAAAUAAAGGAUUAUGCUCGGAGCAAAGGCUGGUGGGAUGGUGAGAAAGAGUUCGAUUUUGCUGCCACGUAUUCCUAUGUCAAUACUGCCAGAAUGACUAUGACAAGAAGCAGAUACUGUGAAGGCUAUAAACUGCUGAAGAAACAUGAAGGCAGGAUAAGCGCUGAAACGAUGAUGGCUAUCCUUCGGGACAAGGAGAGUGGCAUUAAUAUGGAAGGAGGCUUUAUGACCACCGGAAGUAUGGUCUCUAUACUCCCUCAGGAUCCCAGCCUGCCUUGCGUUCAUUUCUUUACUGGAACUCCAGAUCCUGAAAGAUCUGUCUUUAAACCUUUCAUUUUUGUGCCAAAUAUUACCCAGCUGCUAAAAACCAGUUCUCCAGUGUUUGGUCCUGAGGAUCCAGUUAAAAAGAAACCGCGUUUUCAGACUAAGCCAGACAGAAGACACGAACUCUACAAAAAACAUGGAAGUGUGGCUGUCCUGAUGGAAGUCUCCAAGGAAAAGGGUGACAAACUGUUGAAACAGACUCGAAAUUUGGAGAAAGAGAAGAUAAAUGAAAUGGAACAUAUUUUACAGAGCAGACAUCUUGAUGCUGACCAAGCAGUUAACCUUUUCUCAAAGUGCGUAGAAGAAGAAAUCCGUGAAUAUACGGCUAACGACUAAAGAUCUUCUGUUGUAGAACUGGAUACCGUUUGCACUUUGUUGUCUGGAUUAAAUCUCCCUUCCCAAAGCAGGUUUGUUUGGUUGCACAUUGCCAGUUCCAGCUAAAUUGCCUUUACUGAGCACAUACUUGAUUGUAAAACAGAGCAAAUAUUAGGGACAUAGGUCCGUUAAUUAUGAAUACUGCUUUAAACCAACAUUUUGGCCAUCUAAUGAUGUGAUUUUCACUGUGCAUUUAUCUGCUAUGACCACUUACUGUCUGUAUGUAGAAUUUAGCAUGAAGUGUCAAACAAAGUAAUGUUUGUGGACACAAAUGAGUUUCUAGAGACUGGAGUAGACAUUGCAUUUUGGAUUGCAUUUUGCCCCAGUGUUCGUAACCCACGAUUAACACAAAGCCAGAGUUUGCUCUUAACCAGGAUUUGAACCUUGCUUACAUGAAUCAUGAUGUAUUGUAGGGCAAUGGCAGUGUAAUCUUUAAUCAUGUGGAUGGCAGGAAGAAAUUGCAUGAGAGCACAGGGUGCCCCUGAGCUUGUGAGUCACUCCUGGUCUUAGAGACCUAGAUUUUGCAGUAGAAAACUUAAAUAGAAGCUCUUAAUGGAAGUAAUAUAUUUAAGAAACUCUAAUACAGUGUAUUUUAUAUAUUAUUACAUGGAAUAAAAAUACAAAUAUGCUGUAACAUCAGUCUCAAAAUUUGUACUGAAAGGGGAAAAUAUUUUUAAAUGGAAGUAAUGGAAUCACAUGGCUAUUCUACUACGCUGCCAAAAAAACAGAUAGUAAAGUUUGGAGGUCUAUUAUUGUAAAAGUGUCUUUCCAGUCAGUACAAACCAUUUCUACCAUUCCUAUAUAUUUAUCCGUCAUAUUGCAUCCCUCUUUUGUAUGCCAUUCUGAGAAAGCACUAUGAGCAGAAUGUCAUGACUGCUGUGAAGACACUAUUCAAUACUGUGCUUUUAUUACUCUGAUAGUAUUAUUUUCAGUUAUCCAGGCAUUUUUGAGAAUAUGCUUCUUCAAAGAUUUAUACAAUGAAGCAAAUGCAUUGAACAUAGAUAACAUUUUGAUGACUUAAAGGUUUAAUAGCAAUUUCCUUUAGAGAGAAAAGACUUCUUAUGCAAGUAUGUUAAUUUGACAUUUGCUGCAGUUAUACAGCAGAAGUUGGUUGCAUCCAGGGCUUUUUUUCAGCUGGAACGUGGUGGAAUGGAGUUCCGGAACCUCUUAAAAUGGUCACAUGGCCGGUGGCCCUGCCCCCUGAUCUCCAGACGGAGGGGAGUUUAGAUUGCCCUCCGUGCCGCUGGUGGC